UUUGUUUUUUUUUGUACAGAAUACCCACGGACAAUUUUGACGUCGAUUAAAAACCCCAAUCACGUUCAAUCAUCGUCUCGUGGAGCUAGCAUUAGACUUUCAUGCGGUGGAAACAAAGUCACUUUGGCAACGCUGCAGACUCGCUCAUGAUGUCUUUUGGCAGAGUUUGGAAAAAGAAAAUUCGGAACCAAUUUUCAUAGAGUAGAAAGUGUCUGUUUUCACCAGAACAAUAAAUUCCACUCAUCCACUCCAGAUAAAUCUAUACUUGAAGUACACGACGAGAUAUGUGUGUGUGUGUGGCCGCUAACUGAAAUAGUUGUAGAACGUCAACUUGUGGGCGUGUGGAAUGUGUCAUGCAGUUCCGAGAACCUCCAGCAAGCGGAGGUGUCUCCCCUGCAGGUUUUCAGCGAAGAAGAUAAAGGGCAAAAGAUGACAUCAGCGUUAUCCCCUGAAUCGGGAAAUAUUUCGUUUUGGUUUUUUUUUUUUUUUUUUUUUAAUGUAAUUGUAUUUAUUUUUUUUUUAAAUAGCGGGAGCGUGUUUCGUGACUCGGAGGGCGAACGAUGCUUCCGCUAAAGCGAAGAAGAUAUUCCGCCUCGGCCGGCGGCGCUUCGGCGACCCACGGCCGGGAUGAAGCGUCCAAGUUCCCGCAGGUGGUCGUCUUCAUCCUGGAGAGGAAAAUGGGCCAGCUCGGGCGAAAGAAAGGCUUCAGAGUCGACGACACCUUCACGGAAAGCGUCACGCACGUCGUCUCGGAGAGGAACUCGGCUGACGAGGUCAGCGGGUGGCUGGGGUCACGGGGUCACGACCCGACGCCCGCUCAGCUGCUGGACGUCGGCCGGUUGACGGAGAGCCUCGGCGCCGGACGUCCCGUCGACGUCGACUGGAGCCGGCGGGCGCAGCCGCGGCGGCGACCUUCCCGAUGCCCGCCUACGCCUGUCAGUGGAGGACCGCCCUGGACCACCGCAACGCCGUCCGUCUUCGCCGACGCUUUAUCGCUGCUGGCUGAGAAUUGCGAGCUCAGCGAGGACGACGGACGCGCUUUGGCGUUCCGCCGCGCCGCCGCCGCCCUGAAGGCCCUCCCGGGUCCGGUGACCCACGUCGGGCAGCUCCGAGGUUGUCCGUGCCUGGGCCGACGCUCGCUGGGGGUCGUUGAGGACAUUUUGGAGAACGGGACGUCUCGGGAGGCGGAGGCGGUCCGGCGGUCCGAGCGUUACCGGACUAUGAAGCUCCUGACUGGAAUCUUCGGCGUGGGAGCGAAGACGGCCGGAACCUUCCUCAGCUGCUCCAGUUGGGACGCACCCUCAAUCGAGCGCAGCGGGCGGGGCCUCCCGUCGUACCACCAGAGCAGCAAGAAGACGUACGCGGAGGGCGUCGCGGCUCCGCCCCGUCCCGCCUCCGCCAUGGAUCACCUUGAGAGAUGUUUGUCCAUCUUGAAGCUUCCCGGCCACCUCGGUGGGUGGCGAGCAGCGCGAGUGGACCUGGUGGUCUCCCCGUUGAGCCAGUUUGCUGCGUUCGCCCUGUUGGGGCGGACGGGCUGGGCUCCAAGUUGUUUGAACGAGAGCUGCGACGCUGGGCGACCCACGAGAAGAACAUGUCGACGCCUUGUACGACCACCAGCGGACAAAGUAAACAGAACUCCGCGAGUACCUGAGCGCCGCGACGGAGGCGGACAUAUUUGCUCACCUCUCCCUGGAGUACGUCCCACCCCGGCAGAGGAACGCGUGACCCCACCCGCCCGGCGCCGUCGUCCUCAACACAGGUCCCGAGGCGGAUUCCGCCGGCGGCGCGGAAGAGGAGACGUCGGGCUACGAGAGCGAGCGCUCGCCGCCGCCGCCGAGCAGGCGUCCGCGCACGGCCUUCACGGCGGAGCAGAUCGUCAGCCUGGAGCGGGCCUUCGAGAGGAACGCCUACCUGGCCGCGCAGGACAAGGCGGCGCUGUGCGAGAAGCUCCGCCUCUCCGACAAGCAGAUCCGAAACUGGUUCCAGAACCGCCGCAUGAAGCUGAAGAGGACGGCGCAGGACGCCCUGGCGCAGGCGUGCCGGGCCGGCGCCGCGUCGCACUUUGCGCGCCACCCCGCCGAGCUGCGGGCGUACCGGCCGCCGCCGUACGGCGCCGCCUUCGCUCUCCCGCUGCGCGACGUGGCGUACGCCCCGGUGGCCUCGCCUCUGGACGGCCUCCUCCUGGCCGGCGCCGCGCCCCCUCCCUCUGCCGCCUUCGUGGGGUCCUACCCGGCGUACCCGCAAUACUACUGACGGUGGCGUCCUAAACGGGUCUCGUCCCCGGAUUCUACCGUGUUCUCUUGUGCUUGUCCUGUUCAGAGUACAUGCGGUGGCUGUAAUAAGUCUGCACACCCUUGUUCAAAUGCUAGAUUUUAGUGAUGGGGGGGGGCUUAAGAGAAAUUUUUCAAAAGUUUUGACACCAUUAAUGUGACCUGCGUAUCUGAACGGGAGAUCGUGGGGGGGGGGGGCAGUUGAACUAACAUUUCAUUUACAUGGAAAUAUCGAUGCCAUAAAGUCGUCAUAUUUGUGAUUGUAUUUUCUGACAAAAAGAAAUGUGUGGUCGAAGUCAUUUUUUGCUUGACUGCUGUUUAUAUUUAAAAAAAUGUAAAGCUGCGGAAUGUGUGCGUUUUUCUGAUGUUAUUGCAAUAAAAGCACAACA